UCAGUAGUAGUAGUAGUUUGUGUUGCAUCUCAUUCCAAUAUCUGUUCUGUUACCAUAUCUCGUAGCAUUUGUUUCGUCAUGUUUGCCGGUUAUAAAUGUGCAUGAGGCUGAUCGUGUAUUUAUUAAGUUCAAGAAGCAAUUAUUUUUAUUUUAAUGUGGUAUAAUGUAAGAAACAAUUGCAGUCAAUUUUUAAUCAAAUCACUGCAGUAACUGUUUUAAAGUGACAAUGUAUUACAAUAGUUUGCCACGAAUUCCUUUUAGCAGCCGUCCUAUUAGUACAGUAUUGCGAGCGAAAUAUUUCUUGUUUUCUAAAUGCUAUUUCUUGGGUAGUAAAUUUCAAGCCCAAGUUUUGAAAUUUUAUUCAGCAUUAAUGAUAAAUACACCAAGCACUGUUACCGUGCAUGACUACCAUACAUCAAGGUGUAUGCACGCUCGUGAUACACUGUUGUGGUACUUCAAACAAGGCGUGCAGAGAUUUCCUCUGUCCCUGAAAGAACAAUCAGUGCAGAUUGUUAGAGUGUGUACACAACAGUGUGAAUGGGUCUUGGCACAUAGAAUUAGAAGAGGCCAACAGAUUUUUAGUCUUUAUAGCAAGCUGUGGGAUGAAGUAGCUUUGAAGGAACUUAUGAAGAAAAUGCGACAUCAGUUGUCCAGGAGAGGAAAGGAAUUUCUUUUGACUGCUGCUGGAAUGUCGGUGUUCAAUUGGGAAGAGGAAAGAAUUCCUGAUGAAGAGGUUUUGGGGCAUUUAAAUGAACUUGAGGCUGUGUACAAGUUGUGUGAUUACACAAUAACAUGUCGACAGUGUCGUAAGCGCAUGGUGGUUGAUGCACCUCUGCCCAGUAUUGAUUAUUGCAAGUGUUCUCACAAAACACAUUGCUUUGAAAAAGAUGUCUGUGGGUGGAAGCCUUUUUUGGAGAGAGAAGAUUUGCUGGUCUGGAGAAAGGAAGAUGAAGUAUUUCAUGGGCUAUAUGUUUAUAAAGUGUAUGGGAAAUACCAUGAUGUUGCUGCCAAAGACUUCUUGAAAGUGCAAAUUGACACGGACUUCCGCAAGACGUGGGACAACACUGCAAUUAAUUUGAAAGUUGUGGAGCAAGACAGUGCAAGCAACAGCGACAUUGUGUACUGGGAAAUGAAGUGGCCGCGAAUGUUUUCUAAUAGAGACUAUGUGUUCAAUCGCCGUUACUUGAUUGACCAAGAGAAUAAUAUUAUUGUGGUCAUUAACAAAGGGACAGAGCAUCCCAAUGUUCCUGAGAACCCACAAAAUCAUCGAGUUAAGGACUACUGGUCAUUCAUGGUAAUCAAAGCGUGCACUGAUAUUGAUGAGCCUGGUAUGGAAUUUAGUCUCACAUACUUUGAUAAUCCAGGUGUUUCACUGCCUUCCUCAAUAACAGCGUGGGUGGCUAUGACUGGUCUUCCAGACUUCCAAUGUCGUCUGAGACAGGCUGCCAGAGACUACAGGAAACACAGAGAUCAAACUGAUGUAACUAAAGCACACACUGAUGGAUCUAGAUCAGAACUUCGUGCUGACUCAGGUUAUAAACAGCAGAGUCAAACAAGGUCAAAACCUGAAGAAAAGUGGGAUCCUUCAACAGAACUUGGCAUAAAAUUGGACAAAACACCAUCCCAUAAACCUUCAGAUAAUCAACCAUCUCAGACACAAGAACAUACAACAAGUUCUUCUGCCUCGAGGAUGUACUUGAGACAAUUUCAUGCAUGGCAGUUGUUCAUCUAGAAGAAUAAAAUUGUAUCACUGGUUCCAGAGUUGCAAGUGCCACACCAAAACGGGCCAUAUCACAUCAUCAUGGUAAUACUUCAAUUUUAGGCAGAUUUAUUUGAAGUAAUUGUCCAGAGUGGACCAUCCAACUCUGGUUAUAUCUCUGAAGUAUUCAUUCUCCUCUCAGUGCUGUUGGUAUGAAUUUCAUAAACAAAGAAUCAAGAUUGAUUGUAUAAAUGGAGCAAGAUAUUUACCUGCAUUUACUUCCUUAGUUUAUAUGAGAACUUACAAAUAAACAAUGGAACAACUGUUGAUAAAUUCUGAUGAGAAAAGUAUGUCUGACACAUUUCAUUGUUUCAUUGUGUUGAUUACAAACAGCUUUACACUUGACUAGCCUCCUUUGUGUAAUUUUUUAUUGCCCCAGGUUUUCUUGCAGUGUAUGGAAUAACUUUUUUGAAGUGCACACAGUUACAUAGGGUUUGCAUGUGGUUGGCUUAACCUUUAAGAGAUGGGCCAUUUAAAUUCCCAUAAUGGCAGCAGGCCGGAGUUAAUUUAAAUGUCCACCAUU